UCUCUUUUGAGUACAGACAGCGGACCUGAAGCCGACGUUAGUCAUGAUGGAUGCGCUGCUUCCCACAGCCUUGAUGCUACUGCUGACCUCAGGCUGCUGUUCCGGUCAGGAUGCACUACCAUCGAGCCCGCUGCCCGGUGCAGUAGGAGGGAGUGUGACGUUCACGACUUCAAUCGCUUCAACAGAAUUAGACACAAUCAUCUGGCAAUUCACUACAGGCUCCAAAGCUGUAGUUACAGUCUUCAAUUCUACUAACAACGCUACUACAGGGCCUGAAUACAAGGGCAGAAUCGAUGUGGACACGUUCACUGGUUCUCUGGAGCUCAGGGAGCUGACGCUGAAGGACAGUGGUAAUUACCGCGUGAACCUGAUAGUAAAUGGUACGGAACAUACCGGAGAAACUACACUGGGAGUGUAUGAGAACAUAACUGGGAUCAGCAUCACAGGUCCCACAGAAGCACUGAUCGCAGGUAAGAGCUCUGCCAGCCUGAGCUGUCAGGCAACUGCUGGAACCAACAUCUCCAGGGAGUGGCUGAAGGAUGGAGACCCACUGUCUCCUAGCAACAGAACCAAAUUCUCUGAGGACAACAGCUCUGUGUCCAUAGACCCUCUACAAGGCACUGACAGUGGACAAUACCAAUGCAGACUUACCAACCCUGUGAGCACCGACACUGCCAGCUACAACCUGACCGUCAACUUUGGACCAAAGAACGUAGUUAUAAAUGGUGAGGCAGCACCAGAGGUCGAUUCGAAACUGGAGUUAAUAUGCAGCGCAGAGUCGGUGCCUCCUGCUAGCUUUUCCUGGUUGGUUAAUGGGACAGCCAGAGCGGCAAACGGCAGUCUCGUCAUAGAGAACGUCAGCAUUAAUGACGCUGGGAACUAUACCUGCGUGGCCAGCAAUAAUGUUACUGGACUGGAGUCCUCUGUAGUCCUGGCCUUGACUGUGACAGCGCCGGAUCCACAGCCAGUCCCUGAAUCUUCUCAGUCCCUCUCGGGGGGAGCGAUCGCUGGCAUUGUCAUCGGCACCAUAGGGGGAGCAGGGCUCAUCGGCGGUGGAGGUUUCUUUGCCUAUAAAAAGCUGUUUAAGCACCUUGGGGAGGACCGCACCUGCUGGAGGAUGGCGCUUCGGCACCCGGGAGAGGUCAUCACCUCCGACCUCCCGAUUCAGCCCGUCCUUCGCCGGCCUCCCAGUUCCCAGCCCUGUUCCGCCGCCGAAGCCCAAGGAAUCCCUUCCAGCACCACGCCAAGCCGAACCCCGGACCACCUCCUCACCAUCCCUCGCUGUCCCUGUUCCCAGCCAGCCCUGGUCCCUACCGCCCUCUCAAAAUGUUGGCAUAAUAAGGCUGAAACCGCGGAGCGCAGCGCUAAGGGACAGCUUACGAGUGCCCCAGACCACCCUUUUAAAGGUAUUAGGCUUUCGAUGGACUGGAUUACUGCAACCACUGUCACCCUAACCCUACUCACAGGGUGCUCUUCUGGUCAAGUUCUCCCACCAGGAUCUUUGACUGGAGCAGUAGGAGGAAAUGUAACAUUCAAAACAACCAUUAGCUCAACAAGUCCAGAACCUUUAACAAUAGCUUGGUCUUUUAAUAAUGGCUCUGGACCUGUAAGUGUAAUUGGGUCUGGUCCUGCUGUCAAUAUCCCAGGGCCAGGGUACGAGGGCAGAGUGAGUUUGAACAGGGUCACUGGUUCUCUGGAGCUCAGACAGCUGACACUGAGAGACUCUGGGGGAUAUUCUGUGACCCUGACAUUAAAUACUGGUGUAACACAGUCGGGGCAAACUACACUGAACGUGUACGAGCCAGUCUCCAAUGUGACAGUGAGGGCCAAUGCAACCAACUUAGUGGAAUUCAAUGACACAGUUGCACUAACAUGCUCCGCCCUUGGCUCCUCCCUCUUUUAUCGAUGGCAUAAUGGAAGUUCUGAUAUUACACCCAGUGAGCGUGUUCAUCUGAGUGAUGACAACAGGAUUCUCACCAUAUCCAGCGUGUUGAGGUCUGACCGGGGACCUCUAUUCUGCACUGUGUACAAUGUCGUCAGUAAUGGCACCAGUCCACCAGUCUUCCUCAACAUCAGUUUUGGACCUGAUAAUGUUCAGGUGACUGUGGACCCUUCGAAGGAAUUCCAAACCCCAGGGUCCAACGUCACUCUGUCCUGCUCAGCUCAGUCCAGCCCUCCUGCAGAGUUUAAAUGGGCUUUUAAUGGGACAAUGCUGAACACAGAGGGUCAGAAACUGAAGCUGGAGAACAUUAAGGAGAAUCAGAGUGGCAAUUAUACCUGCUGGGCCCAUAACAUCGAAACCCUGAGGUUUAAGCCUUCUGACCCCUUACUGAUCUCUGUCAUGGAGAAGAUAUCUGGCACCAACAUCACAGGUCCCACAGAAGUGCUGAUCGCAGGUAACAGCUCUGCCAAACUGAGCUGUCAGGCAACUGCUGGAACCAUCAUCUCCAGGAAGUGGCUGAAGGAUGGGCAUCCACUGUCUCCUAGCAACAGAAUCACUUUCUCUGGUGACAACAGCUCUGUGUCCAUAGACCCUCUACAAGGCACUGACAAUGGACAAUACCAAUGCAGACUUACCAACCCUGUGAGCACCGAUUCUGUCAGCUAUAACCUUACCGUCAACUAUGGUCCAGAGGAUGUUGUCAUGCAGGGACGCAGUGAGAUAGAAGUUGGUCAUACAGUGGUGCUGACCUGUUCUGCAUCAUCUGUACCUCCUGCAACAUUCACCUGGACUCUCAAUGGGACAGAGACUGCUGUGAUAACAGAGGAGUUUACUGUGGAGAAUGCCGGCUUUAGUGACAGCGGGACUUACACCUGUGUGGCUAAUAAUUCUGUGACUGGUUCAAAUAUUUCCUCAGCUCCCCAUGUUUUAACUGUUAAAGUUUCUGCAGGACCCAACUCUGAGUCCCAACUAGGGGCAAUACUUGGGGGCACUUUCGGCGCAUUGGGGUGUGUCGCAGUGGCUGGUGGGGCUCUUGCUUACAUGAAGAAGAGAAAGAGGAGGGACAGCCCAUCCAACCAAGAUCAUCAGGCCGCUGUGUAUGAAAAUACCAUAGAUUUGAGUCCGCCUGUUGUUUACGGGAACCUUCCUACGGGCUCAACUGAUCUGCCCUGUCCUGUUGAUUCUGAAAACAGACCUGAUUAUGAGGAAUUGCGAUUCAAAGAUACUGCUACCUACAGCAACCUGAACAGUAUUUGAAGAAUGGCAGGACUCUUGUGUGUAGAUUAAAAUGACCUUUGUCAUUCAUUUUCACAUUAGCCACAAGAUCAGCAGAGAUAUGAGCUUAUGUGUGGAUGUGUGUUUGUGUGUGUGCAUUUGUGUGAGCAAGUGUGCCUGAAUGCUUACAUUAUUCUAGGUCUUUGGUUCUUAUCCAUAAUUGUAUUGAUUUAGUGUAUUUUCAUUAUUUGGUUUGAUUAAUGAUUAAUGGAUGGAUGGCUGGAUAAACAAUACCUUAUUUAUCUUGCUGAAUGCUAAGCACGUAUUUAAUAAAUGUAAAAUUCUGGUUAUUGAAAUGUAAAUGUAAAUAAAUGUGAAGUAAUAUUUUUGUUGAAUAAUACAGUCUAAAUGCCUACACUUUUUUCCGAUUCUCUUCACUAACUUUAUACCUGAGACUCAAAGGUUUUGUAACAUUUUUACUGUAACUGCUGCUAAAAAAUUUGCAGUCAAUAAAUUCUCGCCAUUCAAUUUUUA